AUGGCGGCUCAGGCGGCAGCAGCGGCCCAGGCAGCCGCGGCCCAGGCGGCGCAGGCCGAAGCGGCCGAGUCAUGGUACCUGGCACUUCUGGGCUUCGCCGAGCACUUCCGCACGUCCAGCCCGCCCAAGAUCCGCCUGUGUGUGCACUGCCUGCAGGCUGUGUUCCCCUUCAAGCCGCCUCAGCGCAUCGAGGCCCGCACGCACCUGCAGCUCGGCUCCGUGCUCUACCACCAUACCAAGAACAGCGAACAGGCGCGCAGCCACCUGGAGAAAGCGUGGUUGAUAUCACAGCAAAUCCCACAGUUUGAAGAUGUUAAAUUUGAAGCAGCAAGUCUUUUGUCUGAAUUAUACUGUCAAGAGAAUUCCGUUGAUGCAGCAAAGCCACUGUUGCGGAAAGCGAUCCAGAUAUCGCAGCAGACCCCAUACUGGCACUGCCGCCUGCUCUUCCAGCUUGCUCAACUGCACACCCUUGAGAAGGACCUGGUGUCAGCCUGCGACCUCCUAGGUGUGGGAGCUGAAUAUGCACGGGUGGUGGGAUCCGAGUAUACACGGGCACUGUUCCUGCUCAGCAAAGGGAUGCUGCUGCUGAUGGAACGCAAGUUGCAGGAAGUCCACCCACUGCUGACGCUCUGUGGACAGAUUGUCGAGAACUGGCAGGGAAAUCCUAUCCAGAAGGAGUCUUUACGUGUCUUUUUCCUUGUGCUCCAGGUGACACACUACCUGGAUGCAGGGCAGGUGAAAAGCGUGAAGCCAUGCCUGAAGCAGCUGCAGCAGUGCAUUCAGACCAUCUCUACUCUGCAUGACGAUGAGAUUUUGCCCAGCAACCCCGCUGACCUCUUCCACUGGCUGCCCAAGGAGCACAUGUGUGUGCUUGUCUACUUGGUGACUGUGAUGCACUCCAUGCAGGCUGGCUACCUGGAGAAGGCGCAGAAGUACACAGACAAGGCACUCAUGCAGCUGGAGAAGCUUAAGAUGCUCGACUGCAGCCCCAUCCUAUCCUCCUUCCAAGUGAUCCUGCUUGAGCACAUCAUCAUGUGCAGGCUUGUCACAGGACAUAAGGCCACCGCACUACAGGAGAUCUCACAGGUCUGCCAGUUGUGCCAACAGUCACCCCGGCUCUUCUCCAACCAUGCUGCACAGCUACACACGCUGCUGGGCCUGUACUGUGUCUCCGUCAACUGCAUGGACAAUGCAGAAGCCCAGUUCACCACAGCCCUGCGGCUCACCAACCACCAGGAGCUAUGGGCCUUCAUCGUAACCAACCUGGCCAGUGUGUAUAUACGGGAAGGAAAUAGACACCAAGAGUUAUACAACUUGUUGGAGAGGAUCAACCCAGACCACAGCUUCCCUGUCAGCUCUCACUGCCUUCGAGCAGCGGCUUUCUACGUGCGAGGGCUCUUCUCCUUCUUCCAGGGACGCUACAAUGAGGCCAAGCGAUUUCUGCGAGAAACUCUGAAGAUGUCCAAUGCAGAGGACUUGAACCGGCUCACAGCCUGCUCUCUGGUGCUUUUGGGCCACAUUUUCUACGUGUUGGGGAACCACAGGGAGAGUAACAACAUGGUGGUGCCCGCCAUGCAGCUGGCCAGCAAGAUCCCAGACAUGUCCGUUCAGUUGUGGUCGUCAGCCCUGCUAAGAGACCUGAACAAGGCCUGCGGGAAUGCCAUAGAUGCCCAUGAAGCCGCCCAGAUGCACCAGAACUUCUCUCAGCAGCUGCUCCAGGACCACAUCGAGGCCUGCAGCCUCCCCGAGCAUAACCUUAUCACGUGGACAGAUGGCCCGCCGCCCGUGCAGUUCCAAGCUCAGAAUGGACCUAACACCAGCCUGGCCAGCCUCCUUUGA